ACGGAACGCUCUUGAAACAACAUCCUCAUCAUCCUCGUUUUUAACGUGCUAACUGAUAAAAGUUGCAGAUUUUUACCUGCACCGAAACUCAUUUUAAUUACUAGGUUGGCACUAAUCGCAACACGCCAACCGAGUUACGCUUAACCGCACUGUGGAAACGUGUUUGGAGCGUGCUCUUAAUCAAGGUUAACACGCCUCGAAGCAGCCUCACACGGGCUUACAUAUGUCAUUCGCGGGCACACCUCUCGGUCAAGGCAGACGUCUAGAUCACCACACAUUCCUCAACAAGACAAAUCUUGCUAAAGUUCACAAUAAUCCAUCUGCUAGACCCGUCAAUCCUCCCCCAAGUCCACCGCGUUCAAUAACAACAACCUCGUACGCGUACGGAGCCCCAAUAGCAGGCUCCAAAUCACCGAAUAAACCCACAUCAUCUGCAUCCACGGCUGACGCAGCAGACGACGAGACAGCUCUCGUCCGCUACGCCCGCCUAAAGCGCGAGCGGUCACUUCAGCAGUCCCAACCAACGCUCGCUCCCGAGACGUGGAGCGUAAAGGACACUUCUGUUAACAUUGCAAGCGCAUUCAAUCAAGCCGCAUCUACAUUACUCGAGAUGCAUUCCAGCAAUCCCAAUAACGCAUGGGCCUCUGGAUCCCAAACAAACCUCAACGUACCUCGAAGCACAUCUGUCGACUAUGAGAAAGAGACCCACUCUACCAGCAGUCGCCGACUAGCAGCACCUUCGAAUCGUCUUUCACAGCGCAAUAUGCGCAAGACUCUCUCAAAGCAGGACUCCAAUAUGACCCAUGUGUCCGACUCCGAAGGCGAAGACAAUCAAGAGUCCCAAGAACGUGACCGCAGUGCUCGCGGGAAGAGCCCCUUUGAGCAGGUCGUCGACGUUUCUAAGCGCGCCCUGACGUCCGCAACUUCCUUUUACAUGCGUCCCCGCUCAACCGAGCCAGCGGAUAUCUCAGCUGCCAAUACAACGACAAAUGGCAGAGACUCCAGUUAUGACUACGCAUCAGAGGAGCAAGAGUAUCAAGAGACAAUGCGACAAAAGCUAACUCGUGAGCAACAAGAGCAGUCCGCUUCCAAGAGGCCCGCACUCAGCCACAAGCGGAACCGGAUGUCCGCUGAUAACAAGGCGUAUCAGCCCUCACAAUCUGAUAUGGAAGGGGACUCUGACGAUGUUUCCGACGACGGGCGGAAAAGAAAAAGAAAAAUUAAGAAAAAGGAUUUAGGUGGAGGUCCUCUGACGACGCUGCCAGUGGCAGGCUACGACAGGCGACGGAAGAAGAAGAGGGGCAGCAAGACUAAUGUUGAGGGUGAAGAAGAUGACAGUAGUAGCGGAAGUGAGCAGCGCUCUUCGGCUCAGCAUGGGUCAGCCACCCGCUCUGUGCCUCCGCCUUCAAGGUCCUCGAUACCUCGCGGAUCUGUCCCUCCCCAUUCCGAUGAUCCAACUGACCUCGAAGUGGGGCUUGACUCCAUUCCUGAGAUGGAUGAGCCUCCAGUUGUGGACGGCUUCUCCAACACAUCUGACAUGCCAUCACGAUCAUUCUCGGUCGGAGGUCUCUUGGGCCUAGCUGUGAACCGUAUUGUACGGCUCCUUCUGGGUAUCUUCGCUUGGGCUAUACGCAUUAUCAGCCUCCUGUCCCUCAUUCUUGGCCGCAUAUUUGGGUCGAUAUUCGACAUCAUCUUCAUGCGUCCAGCCUCCUUUUUCUCACGUAUCAAUGCGGGACCAUUCAUCACCCUUGCCAGAUACCUUUUCGUCGCUGCUGCUCUCUAUGCCACUUGGCAUCAGUUCUACGACCCCAUCCUUCAAAUGCUACCCAUUCGCUCACCGCAACGCCAAUAUUACGCACCCGACACGCCGAUCGCGAAUCUUGAUGAACUUAGUGCUAGGCUUCAAAAUAUCGAAGUUGCUCUGUCUGGUCUUUCCCUUGACCAACAACGCGCUCGUGCGCAGCAAGAUCUCGAGGCUCGUGCACAUGGAGACGUCGUCAACCGAAUUUUUGCUCUCGAGGCGCGCAUUCGUGACGAGGCCAAGCGUAUUUCCGACACUGAAGUUCAUCUCAAAACAUCUUCGAGUCAAGGUCUCGUUGACCUUAGACGGGAAGUUGAAGCCCUGCAUUCUCAGCUAAGUGCUGUGGAACAUGCGCCCAGGGAGACUGCGAUUACAAUGCCAUCUCUUGUCAACGACGAAGAAGCACGGGCUAAGUUGAGAAUUCUGGAGGAGCGGCUUGGAGGCAUCGAGGGUGGCGUAAAGGAUGCCCUGGAGCAAGCCAAAAACGCUGCACGUGCUCCAGUCAACGAACCCGCUGGCCCAGCUUGGUGGUCCAAACUGGCAUCCACUGUUGGCACCGGUGCUGGUCUUACCAUCAAGUCCACGGAUGGCUCUGAUGUCACUUCACUCAUAUCCCAGCUCGUCGACAACGCCGUUGCGCGGUAUGGGACUCAGGAUAUUAUUUCUCGUCCUGAUUUCGCGCUUCAUUCGGGUGGUGCACGUCCAAUUCCCCAUCUUACGAGUGGUACGCUUGAGUUGCGGCCAAGCACACUGCGAGGGCAGAUCCUGGGUCUUAUUACUGGGCAUGGGUAUGAAGUUGGCCGAUCACCAAUAACCGCUUUGCAUCAAGAUUUGCAUAGCGGGAACUGCUGGCCCAUGGCCGGGCCUUACGGUCAAUUGGGCGUGAUGCUGGCAUUCCCUACCAUCAUCUCUGAUAUCACCAUUGACCACGUUGCCAAGGAAGUCGCGUUCGAUCUUAGCACGGCUCCAAAAGACAUGGAGGUAUGGGGCCAAGUAGAGGGCAACGAUAAUCUAGAAAAAGUUGCAGCAUGGCGCGCAGAACAAGCUGCGCGACGAGAGGCUGCCAAUGAGGCUGGUGAGGCCGUCUCUGACGCGGAUCUUGAGGACGACUAUCCGGCUACGCUCCCCAGUGACGUUUCGUUCAUCCGCCUUGCAUCGUUCACGUAUGAUAUUUACGCGCCUUCAAACAUCCAAACCUUCCCCGUGCGUCAGGAAGUCCGCGAUCUCUCUCUGGAUUUCGGUAUCGUGGCGCUUGUGAUGAAAAAUAAUUGGGGCAAAGACGGGUAUACGUGUUUGUACCGCUUACGCGUACACGGUGAACGCCCUGGGGGUGGCUCAUUACCGUUUCCUACUGAAAACUCAUGACAGUGAUGACUUAGAAGUAAGCGAUUGUGGUGUACAUAUGAUAUAAUCGGUCUUUUAUUUUUUUGGAGUCGUUACUUGUGCUAUGGUUACUAUUUUAUCUCUUUUAUUUGUCGUAUGGUCUACGUUGAAAUCAAAGCAUUUCCCCGAGUAUCUGGUUUCUCGUCGUCUCCCGAUAAACCGGGUAUAUGCUACUUGAUUUUUGGUACACGUGACCUUGACGCG